AUGGCCAUGAUAGCCCGGUAUUUGCCGUUUGCACCAUCGACAACCACCGUGCAAGCCGUCACGUACCUCCUCGGCAUCUCGCUCUUUUCCAUAGCCUUUCUCGUCUUUCUCAACAGCUCCUUAUCGUUUGUCGUUACCGAUCUCAUCGGCCAGAAGAAGAACGUCGGCGAUGUCGUGGGCACGUUGGGCUUCGCCGACGAGAUCGUUGCCCUGGUGGCAUGCCCGACAUGGGGUCUGAUAUCAGACCGACUUGGAGUCCGUUGGGUUGCCGUGAUGGGGUACGCAAUCAUCGGACUCGCGCUGGUGUUGUUUGUCCAGGCGAAAAAUGUCUACCCGCAACUGUUGCUUGCGCGGAUCUUGUUCGCGGUAGGGGCCUCGGCCGCGGCGACCAUGGUUACGGCUAUUUUGCCGUCAUUGACGGAUGAGGAGGAUGUGAGCGAUGGUAGGACUCCGUCCAGAUACAAGCCCAACCAGCGAUUGAGCCUUGCAAUUUCUGUGGAAUCGGAAGCUACCAUUACUCCGGAACGUUAUACUAGGUCAUUGUCGAACGACUCGCGUACCUCUUGUCAACAACAGGAUGCAGUGGGCAGGUUUGCGAAACCGUCAGCCCUGGCUGGCUUGGUGGGAUUAUUUACAGGAUGCGGCGCGCUUGUUGCGCUCUCUUUGUUUCUGCCGCUACCCGCAAGGUUUGGAGACGUCGAUGGCGUAACACCCGGUCAGGCAGUAUCAUAUAGCUUCUACGUUGUUGGUGCUGUGUCGUUGGUUGCUGCGGCCUUUGUUUUUAUGGGUCUCCGGAACUUGAAGGGUGAGGAGGGCAAAGGGUGGAUGAAUUUGUUUGGAAUCUCCCAACGAGACGCCUAUGCGAGAUUGGGAGAGAAUGACGUGGACAGAAGACAGCAAGAGAAGGUGGUUCCCUAUCUCCAUUUGAUGAAGGAUUCGGUGCUUCUGGGGUUUGCGGACUCUAGAAUUGCGCUUGGGUAUAUUGGUGGGUUUGUUGCCAGGGCGUCGACGGUGGCCAUUUCGCUCUUUAUCCCGCUUUACGUCAACACCUUUUUCAUCAGCAAUGGCUUUUGCCAAGGCUCGCCGAACGACCCGUCGCCGGAGCUGAAGGAGGAGUGCCGGGCGGCUUACGUACUAUCGUCAAUUCUUACUGGGGUGGCACAGCUGAUGGGGCUGGUAUGCGCUCCAGUUUUUGGAUACGUAUCCGGGCGAGGUGGGCGAGUGAACUAUCCAAUUGUUGUGGCCACGGCCUUGGGCAUGAUUGGAUAUCUGAUUCUGCCGCAGCUCUCGAGCCCAGAGUACAAGAAUGUGGACGAGAGGGGGGGAACGCCGUGGAUCUUGGUGGUGGUGACACUUGUUGGCGUCAGCCAGAUCGGGGCCAUAGUUUGCAGCUUGGGCUCGCUGGGCCAAGGCGUCAUUGCAGUCGAGCUGCCCUGGUCAGUGCGAGGCGAGCCGACAAUUGCACCAGACCAAGACGAAUCGGCGGAAUCAGAGCCACUGAUGGGCAUGUCGACCACCAACGAGGACUCUGCGUCACGGGUGAGACUGAAGGGUUCUAUUGCAGGCGUGUACUCGCUGUGUGGCGGGGCAGCAAUCCUGCUUCUAACAAAGCUUGGGGGAGCGUUGUUCGACUCGGUGUCCAAGGGAGCCCCGUUUUACAUGAUGGCGGUAUUCAACGGGGUGUUGUUGGUGGCCAGUCUGUUGAUGGACGCCUCGCAGGCGUUUGCGAGGGCUCGGGAACGGAUUCACUAG